AUGAAGUGUAAAUGGCACUCUGUCUUCGAACAACUUCUCUUCACAUUCAUUGUCCUUGGAGGUCGUACCAGAGCUUACAGCGGCAAAACCGCCCCAGCUUAUCCGCAAAAUAAAGUAAACAUGUUUAUCCUCAAUUUCGAAAGUAGUUGUUCCGUUGAAUAUCCUCUGUUUGACUACAAAUCCACCAUUGGCUCUGCUGUCUACAAUCUACGGAACAUAACCCUGGAAGAUGAGCCCUUUAUUAAUGUAGGGCUUCACUUAGUCCCAGUUCCUGGCUGUAAUUUGAAACAGGAUCAUCAUGCCACACAGCUGAUGACUCUCCUCUAUGAUCUUGGAUAUCUUGUGUCCAGUGCCGCAUUUGAAGGCUUUUCAAUCAUAAUUGGUCCCCAGUCCGGCAGCGACUGUGAUCUUGUCAUGGACUGGAUACGCGUAUCGGGUAUCGCGGCCGUCACGAGCGAUCGGAUCUUCCAGAUCAACUUUGCCUGUCGCAUGUUCGUUUUCCAGAUGGAAUUCAUUGUGCCAAAUGCAGUCUGUAAGCAAUAG